UUUAAAUGUUAUUCGGGUAGGUUGCUCGUUAUUCAGUCAUACAAAAAAUGUACAGUGGCAGCAGCACUAAAUGGAGGAUGUUCGAUGGAUCACACUGCUGUCUUUGAUGCUAACUCUAGCUGCUGGUGUGGCUAACAACAAUGCGCUACAGUCGUGUGCGGGGUUUUUUGCUUUUGUCUUUCUUAUUUAAAAAAAAACGUUAAUGACAUUUUUUUAUUUGGCGGAUAAAAAUAAACAAAUAAACUGCUGGAGAUGGAGGCGAAGGGAAGUCACUCUCUUAGCGGAAAAGCAGCUGUAACUGAAGCUAACUUGAGAGAUGAGUAUUACUGGAAGCUAAUUGCAGACUUCAUUGGUCCUCAGUCGGGGGAAGGAUUGGAUCUAGAUAAAGAACUUUGCAAAAACCGAAUAUUAAUUCAAGUCGGGCUCAUGAAGGAGGACAAUAACUUCCCAUGGAUCGCUGUCAUUGAUUGGCUGAAGAGGAUCUUCCCGGCUCACCGGUCAGCGGACUUUCGGCGGCUAAUUGAAAGAGGCACUACAACAACCUUGAGUUUGGAAGGUGAGGUCAGGCUGACGUUCCUGGAAUCGUACGUCAACUUUAACUUUGUCGGCCCCAUAUGUGACAGCAUCGGAGUUGAACGGGAGCAUCUUUUGAAAAUGAAAGACUUUUCCGAAAGGGCCAAAUCCAUCGAAGUGACAAACGGCUUGAUUCUGGAGUUGAGCAACUUUGUGACCAGGGAGAGGAUUUCCCCAAUCAACUUGGUCACUUGGCUUAGAAACUUCAAUCCAGAAUUUUGUAAAGAUGGGAAAAUUGUAAAAGCUUAUAAAGUCUUGAAGAGCAAGAUCAAAAAGUUAAAAAUGUCAUACAUUAAUACAGAAACGAGAAGUCACAGGAAGAAUGCCACCAUGGAAAAUCUUCUCCAAAGUCCAUUUGAACUGGUGAAGUCGAGACGUAACACCUUUGAAUUGCUGGCAAAGAAACGCAUGAAAAGAGACUCCCAUUAUGAAAAAGUUACCAUCAAGGAGGAACAUGAUGACUAUGAAAUUCCUCCUGGUGAGGAGUCUAUGAAGAUGAGUUCAGUCCGAUUUGUCAGGAAAGGAGCAUCACGUUGUGAUGGAAGCGAGGACGGCUUGGACGUGUCAGACAGCGGGGGGGACUCUGAAGGCGAAGAGUCGCCGUCACUGCUAGAUGUGGCGCUCUUGUCUGUUCAAAAGCUGUCUAGCGUGUGUCGCGGGCAAACCGAAGACUGCAAAAGCAUUUCAUUGGAGCUCCUGAAAAACCAGUAUACACUAACAUGCAAGGAGCAUCCAGCCAUGGAAGACUUUGAGAAAGCGCUCAACUCGGUCAGCGAACAGGUCUCCCUGGCCCCCCCUCUGCUGUUUUUGUACCACAACGCCCAUUUCCUGGUGGAUUUGCACGACACUGUCGAGCGGCACGUCAUGGCAUUUGAGGACGAGAUCACUCGGUCUACGGGGCAAAAACUGGGCCGUGAUACCAACACGCUCUUCAAGAACGUGGUCAACUUAUCUGAGAGCGCAACGUCGCGCUACAUUCACAUGGCUCACGACCUCCUGAGCCCCGACAGCGCAGACAAGCCCAAUUACAAGAAACACUGGCUGGCGUUCUGCCAGGAGAAGGGCAACCCAUCCAGGCUCGUUACGACAUCGGCAGGUCGGUUUAGCAGCUACUUUGAGGUAGCCGCCGGCCUCACUCAUCAUCACAAGGAGGUGGGGAUCUUCUUCUUGGAUAUGCUGUCACUCAACAACGACAAAUGCCCAGACAUCCUUCUGGAGAGCGCCGCCGCUGAUGCCAGUGAUUCUGUCAUCCAGAGCAUCGUGUGUGUGCUCGCAAUUGUCUAUUGUAAAAUCGUUGGCCCUUACUUUCAGCUCCUGAAGAGCGCAGGGGAGUACUCCCUCUUCAGCCAGUACCUGCUCUGCCUCUACCAAAAGUUCCUGGAUUGGUCCAAAGAGCCGUCCACUCUACUGGAGGCUGACGGAGUCGCCAAUGUUUUCCUGCAAUUCCCCGGCCAAGAAAAAACCUUUUCUGGCGUGUAUCAAUUCUGCGGCGAGUGGCAGACUAACAGGGACCUCAUUCGGGUUUUCUUGAAGAGGGUCAUAAAGGUGAUUGCUGGCGUCACCGAGGAGCACCUGAAGCUCUUCUUGCCAGGAGGUACUUACGCCAACGUUCCUUCGACUGAUAUAAAUCGGAAACUGCUCUUCUGCAAGUUCUCCACCCUGAUUGCCGAGUAUCCCUUCAGCCAUCUGCCAGGCCACCCUAAAGGCUCCUCCCACAAGCACACGUCAUCGUCGUCAGACAGCUCGCCGGACGACGACGUGAGCUCAGCUGAUUCGGACAACUCUUUUUGCUGGCAAGCUAAGAAGCAAGCUGAUAGAAGGGAAAAGCCAGGAAAAGUCCAUGUGAGACGCCCUGCCAUUAAACAAGUCUACCCAGAGAACAUGGACCUGGAUUACAUCACCGCCAACAUUCAAACAAACGGCGGGCCGUGCAGAUCGCAGCAGGACGUGGACAAGCUAUUGCUGCGCAUGAGCGACAAAUCCAAACUGGCAAAGCGGGAAGCCAUACGCUGCGAGAUAGUCUAUCAGAGGGAGGUCCUCAAGAAUGCCGACCCCAACCUGAGGUGCGUCUUUCGCAACAGCACUGACAUGGUACUCAAGUUGAAGCUGGCGCUCCCUCGCAUUAAGCCAGGAUACUCUCUCGUUUGGGCCCCGAUAAAGUCCAGAAUGACUAAACCUGUGCAUCGGAACAUGCAGGACGCUGCUGCUAGCGUUCCAGGUGAAAGCAGCCAACCUAACUUGAAUGCCAUCUAAUAAAUUGUGAGCGGUAAAUAAUCAGAAUCAUGUCAUCACAUAUGAGGGUUUAUUUAAUGACCAUCAAUAUAUGUACAUUGACCUUUGUACACACUUUUUCAUUUUUUUAAAGCUAAUAAUUCCUGCAUCUUUAUUUUUGUACUGAUUAUGUGUUUAUGUUUUGAUAUGUCACACUUGCCUGACAUGUAUGUUUCAGUUUAUAAUGCAUGUGUACAUGGGUUUUGAUCAUGCGACUAGUAUCCCCUAUUAACAGCUGAAUAGUCAUGAUAGCUAGAGAGAAAAUA